GGUAAACCACAUAACAUUUCCGCCAGAAGACCAUGAGAGGGCGAGUUACGAUUGUCACAUUCUUUAUAGCGCUGCCCUGCAUCCGAUGCGACGCGCCUGACGGUUACGUCGUAGACAAAACAACGGAUAUCGGGUAUCGAAUAUUCUAUCAAUCUCAGACGUGGCCGGUAGCCAGGGACGAGUGUGAAGAUGAUGGUGCCAAAUUAGCAGUUCCCAAAACUUUAGAGGAGUUCUCGUUUAUGCAAAAGCUGGUCCGAGGAAUGCACUAUCCCAGUAUCGUCGACAGCGAGUACCAGGUGGUCGUGUGGCUUGGCAUUAACAACCUUGAUGAUUACAGGAUCUGGAAGAAUAUUGAUGGUGAAAACAUAAACGAAACUGGAUUCCACGAGUGGGCCACUGGCAACGGCGGUGGUUACAGCGAUGCGCCCGAGGAGCCUCACUGCGCGGGACUCGACGCCGUGCACUGGCUUCGCGAUUUUUGGUGCCACCGUCGACAGCCUUACCUUUGUCAAAUUAAUUUAAAAAAUAAAAUAUAAAACAAUACAA